AUGACUUCUGCUUCCGAGCAACCUACACAUUCACCUCUUCCAUCUUCGCCUCUCGCUACAAAUCCGGGUGAAGGCAAUCGUCCAUCCCCAACAAGUCAUGUUCGGAUAGCACGCCCAUCUAGGUCUCUUGCCGCCGCCGAGCGCUUCUGGAAAGACGGGCUAGGCUUGCAUGUGCUCUGGCGUUCCGGUUCGGCGGAACAUGUUGAAGGUGGUCAUGAACUCCUCAUGUUGGGCUGGCCAGGUGCGUCCUGGCACCUAGAACUAGUACAAGUGUACGAGCAAGACGGCGUGGAUAUGCAGCCUCGUCCAACGGAAGAGGACCUUCUCGUGAUUUAUCUGGAUGGACUGGUCGAUCCUGGCGUGGUCAAUGCUUUGGUUGAUGCUGGAGGGAAGAAGGUGGAAGCGAAGAACCCGUAUUGGAAUACUUGGGGAGUGACCGUUGAGGAUCCGGAUGGAUAUCGGCUGGUGCUAUGUAAAAGACAGUGGAGUAAUUCGGUCUGA